CCGGUGCCGCGCCCGUUCGCCAUCGUGCGGCACAAUGCGGUUAUGCCGCACUCCCGCCCCGCUGGCUCCGGGUCGCCACGCCGGGCUGGCAGCUGCUCCCGCGGAGCCUGCGGGCGGAGGGGCCGCGGGGAUGGAGGGCGAUCGGCUGGAGACCCCGGUUGCCAUUAAGGGUAUUGAAAGAGAGCUCAUCUGUCCAGCAUGCAAGGAGUUAUUUACUCAUCCACUUAUCCUUCCUUGCCAGCACAAUGUCUGUCACAAAUGUGUGAAAGAAAUACUUUUUGCAUUUGAAGACUCAUUUGCUGAUGGAGGCUCUGAAUCCUCUAAUCAGAGUAGCCCUCGAAUUAAAAUCUCUUCUUCUAGCAUGGACAGAAUUGACAGGAUUAGUAGAUCAGCCUCACAGAGGAGGUCUUUUGGGUGCAGAGGCAGAAAACGCAAUUCACUGACCCUUCGAUCGAGUUUGUUUCCUUGUCCGGGUUGCCAGCGGGAUAUUGAUCUUGGAGAACGUGGCAUUAAUGGCUUAUUUCGCAACUUUACCUUGGAAACCAUUGUGGAAAGAUACAGACAGGCAGCCAGGGCAGCCAUUGCUAUUAUGUGUGAUUUCUGCAAACCUCCACCUCAAGAGUCCACGAAGAGCUGCAUGGACUGCAGUGCCAGCUAUUGCAACGAAUGUUUCAAAGUACACCAUCCUUGGGGAACUGUGAAAGCCCAGCAUGAAUAUGUAGGGCCAACCACCAACUUCAGACCCAAAAUUUUGAUGUGUCCAGAACAUGAAAUGGAGAAGGUAAACAUGUACUGUGAAAUCUGCAGAAGGCCUGUUUGUCAUCUUUGUAAACUGGGUGGAAGUCAUGCAAACCAUAGAGUGACAACCAUGAGCACUGCCUACAAAACCCUUAAGGAGAAACUUUCAAAAGAUAUUGAGUACCUCAUCAGUAAGGAGAGCCAGGUGAAAGCUCACAUCACACAGCUGGAUCUGCUGCAGAAAGAAACAGAGCGCAACAGUGAAAGAGCUAAAGAAGAAGCACUUCAGAGUUUUGAGAAAUUAUAUCAUGUUCUAGAAGAGAAAAAAUCUGCAGCUCUUAGGGCAAUUGAAGCUUCUAAGAGUUUAAGGCUGGAAAAAUUGCAAAUGCAAGCAGAAGAAUAUCGAGGGCUCCUGGAAAAUAAUGGUCUUGUAGGAUAUGCUCAAGAAGUGCUUAAAGAAACUGAUCCAUCCUGUUUUGUUCAAACAGCAAAGCAACUUCAUGUCAGAAUCCAGAAAGCUACUGAAUCUCUGAAGAGCUUCAGCCCAGCAGCUGAAACUACUUUUGAAGACUUUGUGGUAGACAUAGCCAAACAAGAAGAGGUUCUUUGUGACUUGUCGUUCCAUUCCAAUGGUCUAGAAGUAGCAGAAAUCAAUGAAGCACAGAGCAGAAUGUACAACAAAGCCCUGAUCAGUGGGGAAUGCCCUAGGAAGACAGACUCAUCUGACAUCUAUGUUCUUGAGUGUGAUAAGCUGAGCAGAGAAGAGGAGAACAUGACGCGGCAGGAGAUCAAAGUUUGCAGCAAGAGCAAAGUAAUAUCUGAUCUUGAUGAAGACAGCGAUCAAAGGUAUAAAGGGUCCGUCUGUAGCCCCUGGAGACGAGAAAUUAUUAUGCAUACACCUCCAGCUCCAGUUUUCAGUUUUCUUUUUGAUGACAAAUGUGGGUACAACCAGGAACGUCUCCUGCUGAACCCAGGAAGAACCUCUGUGGAAAGCAGGGCUGGAUUGCCUCUGCUACUGGGAUCUGAGCGUGUGCAGGUUGGAUGCUACACAACCCUGGAUUACAUCAUUGGUGACACCGGCAUUGCCAAAGGGAAGCACUUCUGGGCUUUUCAUGUGGAAGCCUAUUCAUACCUGGUGAAAGUGGGAGUUGUUUCUCUCAACAAGAUACAGAAAUUGUUCCAUAACACCCAUGAUGUGAGCAGCCCAAGACAUGAGCAAGACAGUGGUCAUGACAGUGGAAGUGAAGAUGCCUUCUUUGACUCAUCACAGCCUUUGACACUGGUCACUUUAGGCAUGAAGAAGUUCUUCAUCCCCACAACAUCAGCUGACACCAAGGAUCCAGCCAGCAGAAUCCUUCCCUUACCAUUAUACUUGGGCAUCUGCCUUGACUAUGAUGAAGGCAAGAUGGGGUUUUACGACGCAGGCCACAUGAAAUGCCUUUAUGAGUGUGAGGUGGACUGCUCUGGCAUAAUGUACCCAGCAUUUGCCUUAAUGGGUGGCGGGGCAGUUCAUCUUGAGGAAGCUGUCACAGCAAAGUACGGGGAGUACCAUGAUGACAUCUAAUGCAGUAAUUUCCUCACAUUGCUGUCCUGAGAUGGAAAAUAAGAGCAGAAGAGUCCAACCUUAUUUUUCAGUCCUGAUUAAUUACAUUCUGCCUACAUGUUGCUCACAAGCCUUUGGGCUGUGCUUUCUUUUUUUUAAGAUAACUGUCCAGAUACUUCCCACACCAGUGGGAAAUCACAGAAUGUUCAUGGAAGGGACCUCAAAAGAUCAUCUAGUCCAAUUCGCCUGCUGGAGCAGGAACACUUCUGGGAAUUCUUCUGCCUUUCUUGUGAUCUGGAUGAUGAUGUUCUCCACAGACUUUCUUCACAGGAACAAGCAGGGAGGAAGUUUGACUAGCAACCAAAUCGCUCUUCAGGGUAGAAAUCUGCCUUUUGUGUAACUUAAGUCCUUACAUAGUUUUGCAUUUAAUGAAGUCAAACCCAACAGUGUGUGAUUGCUGUUCUCCUUUUAAGAAAUCUGCCUGAAUGCCUCUGAGCGGUCAAGUGCUUUCCAAUAUGCCCCUGAGCACCAAGGGUUUGGCCUUUCAGCACAAAGUAACAUUUGCAAAAGUAUAACAUAAAGCAGGGAGAAAACAGAACUGCAGCUGAACAUUUAGGUUGUGUUUGGAAAGAGGAGGGUGAACUAGAAUCUGAUUGCAUGUCAUAUACCUUUAAUAUGACUGGAUGCUAAAACUCUCCUUCUGGCACCUGGUGUCAUAUAGUUGGUGGCAUAAUGGUAAGUUUCUUUACUCUUUCAGGCUUUUACUGUAUGCUAUAUAAAGAAAGUGCAAUUCUACCGUAAACAUCAGAACUCAGAAUCCUAAAUCAGAAGUGUUUGCAUGUGUGAGUAGUAUUACCUGGUACUUAGGCAAAGGCAAAUGAGUUAUUGACAUGAGUAAUAGUAUGUGAAUUUUUAAAAAAUCAGGUAUUGCUUUAAAUACUUGUUUCUGUAAGUUAAUUUUUUUAACUAGUAGCUUUUUUUUUAGUAAGAAUGUUAAAAACGCACUGAUUACUUUUUGAGACCCAAUUUCUGCCUUAAAGGAUGUCUUCCCUCAAACUUCCUCUCAUGUUAAAAACUGUAUCAUACAGUAGUUUUUCAUAGAAUCACAGAGACGCAGAAUAGUGUGGGUUGGAAGGGACCAUUAAAGCCCACACUCCCAUGGAUGGGGCAUCACAGAAUCACAGAAUGUUAGGGAUUGGAAGGGACCUCGAAAGAUCAUCCAGUCCAAUCCCCCUGCCAAAGCAGGAACACCUAGAUGAGGUUACACAGGAAUGUGUCCAGGUGGGUUUUGAAUGUCUCCAGAGAAGGAGACUCCACAACCCCCCUGGGCAGCCUGUUCCAGUGCUCUGUCACCCUCACUGAGAAGAAGUUGCUUCUCAUUUUAGCACUCCCUGAUGGUCCUCAGUCUCUUGACUGCUCCUUAAGUUCCACCACCAUGCUGAGCAGAUCUUGCACCUGCUCACACCUCACACAGAUGGAAUGCUGGCCUCCCUCCUCUCCCCCAGCAGCAGCAGGCUCUGGCACUCCCGACAGCCAGAGACCUGAACAGCCCCGGUUUGGGGCAGGCCCGCCAUCUGGGUCACCACAGUCUUUUUGUGACAAGCUCUCUGUCUGGAGGAGACCAUGAUUAGCAGCAGUCUGGGACACUGGCAGCAGGUGAGAUGGUCUAACAAAGCAAGGGGUGACAGCACCCUGCUGCACGGGCUACCACACGUGCUGCUGCAGCACAGUGUGGGUGGGACUCACUCGUUUCACAUGCUGGUUGCACCUCCCAAUGCCUGGUGGGCAGCAUCACUGCUUUUUCAAAGCAAGGGGACAUCCACAGCUUCUCUGAGCAGCCUGUUCCAGUGCCUCACCACCCUUGUGGUGAAGAAUUUCUUCCUUGUAUCUAAUCUAAAUCUACCUUCUCUCAGUUUCAGCCUUUCUUUACAGGAGAGAUGUUCCAGCACUCUGACCAUUUUUGUGGCCUUUCUCUGGAACCCGCUCUGUGCUGGGGGCCCCAGAGCUGGACACAAUACUCUGGGUGAGGUGUCAGGAGAGCAGAAUGAGAGAAUCUCCUCCCUUGCCCUGCUGGCCAGCCAGCAGCCCAGGUUACAUUUGGUGUUAUGAGCUAUAAGCCCACAUUCUUAAGCUCAUGUCCAGUCUUUGAUCCACCAUGGUCCCCAAGCCCUUCUCGACAGAGCUGCUCUCCAUCCCCCAGUUUGUGUUGAUACUGGGGACUUCCCAGACCCAGGUGCAGGACCUUACACUUGGCCUUGUUGAACCUCAUGAGGUUCACAUGGACCCACUCCUCAAGCCUGUCAGUGUCCUUCUGGAUGGCAUCCCACCCCUCUAUCAAAUGAACUGCACAUCUUGGUGUCAUCUGCAAACUUGCUGAGGGAGCACUCAGUCCCACUCUCUGUGUUGUUAAGGAAGAUAUUAAAUAAUAUUGGUGCCAGUACAGACCCGUGAGGGCCAUCACUUGUUAAUGGUUUCCACUUGGACAUUGAGCUAUUGACUACAACUCUUUGGACAUGGCUAUCCAUCCAAUUCCUUAUCCAUUGAACAGUCCAUCCACCAAAAUGGCAUCUUUCAAGUUCAUAGGUAAGAAUGAUGUGGAGGAUCGUAUCAAAAGCCUUACAAAAGUCCAGGUAUGUGACAUCUGUAGCUCUUCCCUUGUCCAGUGAUGCAGUCACUCCUUCACAGAAGGACACUAGAUAAGUAAGGCACAAUUUGCCCUUGGUGAAUCCAUGUUGGCUGUCUGUAAUGACCUCCCUGUCAUCCAUAUGUUUCAAGUUAUCUUCCAGAAGGAUCUGUUACAUGAUCUUAAUGGGAACAGAGGUGGAUUGCAUCUGUUUAUAGAAAUCUGUGUUAAAAAACAUGUGGGUAUUUGCACUGUUAACUUGUAGAAAAAUAAGGAUAUAAAGUGCAGGAUGUUUCUAAUACACACUUGGUGCUUUCUAAUUUGGGGAUAUGCUUUCUAAUUUGGGGAUAGUGUUGCAUUUUGAUGAAUGUGUGUGAAGUAUGCUUACUAUUUACAUGUAUACAACUAUAGAUCUGUGAAAUGGGACCCGAAAAUCACAAUACACUUAAAUGAAUGUAGGUAAUAAUGUAAAAACUUCGUGUGCUUUUCUGUCUGAACUGUUGUACUGAUCUGAGCUGGAGUUCAUCCCUCUUAGUGUUCUCUCUCUUAAGGCUCUGCCCAGUGGCCACUGUCAGAAGAAAUUGGCAGAAAUGGUAAUUGACAGGAAUGUCAUCUGUGCCAGGGUGAGCAUCACAGCCCUUUUGGGGCUAGAAAGGCCCAGCUGGGACAACUACCUGUCUGGAUCUUGCCUGCAAAUGUUUGUAUCUUAGUAAGGCUGUGUGGAAGUAUCUUCCACAGCUUCAUUGUGUGCUUGGAUGAGAAACACUUUGAUGUCCCAGGCAGCAGGUGUGAAGCAGUGGGUAUAUCUUCUGGAACUUUCUCCUGCAGGAGAAAUGGCAAAUUGUCACUUGCUAGUUAUCCUUUAGGUAAUUUCUUUUUGUAAUAGAUAGUUAUUAUAGCCUUUCUUUCCUUCAUGUUGCCUCUUGCUAGAUGGAAGGCAUGCUGUACUGGUGACCAUUCUGCUGCCCAUCUUUCUCCUCUUGCUUUCUGAGGCUGACUGAAGGAGCUCUUUAAACAGACACUGCUGCUGUGAGAGAUGACAAAAUUCUGGGUUUUGCUUCUUUCCAUAGUCCUAAGACCAUAUUUACUGUUUUGUUGAUAUCAAAUAUUAAGCUGACAUUUGCACAGUUUCUUCUACAGUGUUUUCCACACAAUCCUGAUGGCUAAUUGUAAACAAGAUGUGUACAUACAGGAUUUCCCCACCUUGUGUGUUAUUUUGUAUUUGUUAAUGUUGAGUUUCAUCUGCUCAUUUAGGUAGUCAUUUACUCCCUGUAACUUUUCAGUCACUUCCAGAUUUGAAAUGCCCCUGAGUAGCUUCAUAGGUAACACAGAUGUGAUCAUUUUUUUUCUGUUUGCUUACUCUUCUAGGUCUUGGAGCAACUUCAGUUGUAAUGAGACACAGCAAAUCUCUUUCUGCUGUUAAAAUUUAUUGUUCCUUCCCCUUUCUUUCCACUCAGUCAUUUAUUAAACCAUGAUUAGCUAGUAAUUACUGAAAACUUUUACAAGUUUGUACACUUUGUUGAGUAGGUGGCUCAGGUUCUUGUGUGUGUGAGCUCGAUAGUCAAACAGACCCAGGAGACAGGAUUCUUUGACAGUACCUGUGACUCCUCCCAUUUUAAAAUCAUAGAAUAGUUUGGGUUGGAAGUGACCUUCAAAGCUCAUCUAUUCCAACCCCCCUGCAAUGAGCAGGGACAUCUGCAACCAGAUCAGGAUACUCAGAGCUCUGUCAAGCCUGGCCUUGAAUGUCUCCAGGUAUGGGGCAUCUACCACCUCUCUGGGCAACCUGUUCCAGUAUUCUACCACCCUCAUUGUAAAAAAUUUCUUCCUUGGGUCUAGCCUGCAUCUCCCCUCCUUUACUUUAAAACCAUCACCCCUUAUCCCAUUGUAACACACCCUGCUAAAAAGUCUGUCUCCAUCUUUCUUAUAGGCUCUUUUUAAGUACUGAAAGGCUGCAAUAAGGUCUCCCUCUCCAGGCUGAACAACCCCAACUCUCUCAGCCUGUUUGCACAGGAGAGGUGUUCCAUUCCUCUGAUCAUCUUGGUUGCCUCCUCUGGACCCCCUCAAACAGGUCCAUGUCUUUCCUGUGUUGAAGGCUCCUGAGCUGAACACAGCACUCCCUUGACAUGCUGGCCACGCUCCUUUUGAUGCAGCUUACGAUAUGAUCUGGACCAGUAUCAUCAGGCUUUGGCCUUUUCUUAUUUUAUGGAAAUAUUAAAUAAUUGAACACUCUAUCUUAGAUAUGAAGACAGCCCCUCAGACUCAUUUAUUAAAAAAAAAAAAAAAUACUUGUUUGAGAAUAUAGAAGAAAUUAAAAAUGUAGUGGGGUUUUCUACUAUAGCUUUAUCCUGCAUUCGUUUAAGAUGUGCUCUGCUAUGCAAUUACUUAUUCUACUGUACAGAGACUGACACUACUUUAAACAGUUAUCUACCUUUUGAUAUGUCUGUAUUUAUCUCAUUCUGAGUUUAAAAAAUGAUUUGGCUUCUGGUGUUACUUGAAUACUUAGGAUGCAUUCAUUACUGUACUCUAUGGUGCUUACUCCAGCUUAUAAAGUAAAAAAAAAACCACCACGUUAGAGGCACUGACAACACAUGGUCAUUUUUUUUUCCCCACUCAGUGGAAGUGUCACCUUUCAGAAACAGAGUUCAGCAGUGCUUGCCUGUCCAGGAACUUAUUUUUCCAAAAUAAUUUUCUUCCUACAAAACAGCACUUUACAAUGUAGACUAAGCUAAGAAUGGUGUGGUAUUGUGUGGAUCUUUGUGCAAUAUAGCUGUUUAGUGACUACUGUGUGAUUUGCAAAGCUCCAUGCAGGUGUGAAUCGUGUAGACAUGUUUUAGAUAUCUAAAGCUUUAACCAAAAGGCCUUGUUUUAAAAUAUUCUGAAAUGUGAAUGUGAUGUCUUUUUUUUUUAAUAAAGGCUGAAAAUACA